AUGCCUUCCAACGGCCUCAACUACCCCCUCCUCGCCAUUCCAGCCUACUACGUCUUCUCCCUCAUACCCCACGGCUACGCAGGCAGCCUGCUUUCAUCGAACGGCUACAAAGUCAACAAUGCGAACCCCAAGGCCUCCUUGUCCCCAGACGCUGUGAAGGGGAAGGUGCCGGAUGCAGUCUUCCAGAAAUACCAACGUGCCGAGAACGCACACGCAAACAACAUGGAGCAACUACCUCUCUUCGCCGCUGCAGUACUUGCGAGUAUCCUUGCUGAGCGCACGACAGCCGUGGGGCUGGGACGUGAAGUAGUGUCUGGCGAUGCAACGGGCCUGACUACGUUUGUGGGGGCGUGGUUUGCGGUUAGGACAGCGUACGUAGUGUCGUAUGUGCAGAUUGCGGAUCAUGCGACGAGUUUUGUGAGGAGUAGCUUUUGGGCGGUUGGAAGUGGGUUGGCUGGGUAUCAGAUUUAUAAGGCAGCGGCGUUGUUAGGGUAA